AAAGAGUUCCCAUACAAUGUAGAAACAAUGAUCCUCGGGAAGGUCCAGGACUUGCCUAAGGGUUUGGAAAGGGAAAACAGAAUCAUUCAGACGAUCAUGCGACAGCUAGUAUUUGCUUUGGAUGGUCUUCAUUCAACAGGGAUUGUGCACAGGGAUAUUAAGCCACAGAAUAUUAUUUUCUCUGAAGGGUCUAGUACAUUUAAGAUUAUUGAUCUUGGAGCUACUGCAGAUUUGAGAGUUGGAAUUAACUAUAUUCCAAAGGAAUUCCUUUUGGAUCCCAGGCAUUCCCAUCUUUACGGACAGACAGUACGUAGCUUGAUUCAAUUCAACCGAUAGUUGAAGAGGUGUGACUAUAACCUAGUUGCAUGGAGGAAAAGUGUGGGCCUCGUGCCUGUCCUGACCUCCGCAAUGGCUUUGAGUUGUUAGAUUUAAAUGGUGGCAGAGGAUGGGAACUUCUAACAUCAAUGGUUCGAUACAAAGUAACAAAGCACGACAAAGAGUUAGUGCCAAAGCAGCUCUGGCUCAUCCUUACUUCGAUAGGGAAGGACUAUUGGCGUUGUCCUUCAUGCAAAAUUUACGACUACAAAUUUUUCGAGCUACAUAGCAGGACAAUGGUGAAGCUGCCAAGUGGGCAAUUCAGCUAAUGGCAAAAUCCGGAACAGAGAAAGAUGGUGGCUUCACUGAAGCUCAACUUCAAGAGCUUAGCGAAAUGGAACCUAAGAAGAAGGCAAAUCCACAAAGAAAUGCUCUUGCUUCUGCUCUACGACUUCAGAGGAAAAUUGUUAGAACAUUGAAUGAGAGCAUGGACGAGCUCAGCAGACGCGGGAAAAGCUUAUGGUGGAGAAGGUGGAUCCCAAGAGAGUAAAGGUUGUAUUGUACAUAACAUAUAUAACUUCUUUAAUUUCUUCAGUUUUUUGGUGUAAAUAUUUGUAUCUAUGGGAAUUGGGAACUCACCAUUCUUGCUGUUGCAAUAGAUUAAUGUAUUAAUU